UUACAUAGUUAAUCGACAGCAUUACCAAGUAAUAGACAGACCACUUGGAUAAAGACUGACGCUAGACAAGGGACACACACGCCGGUUUCACAGUGAUGUGUCAUGCUGUGUUUGUUAUGUCGAUAUGUGUUGCUGUCAUAUAAAUAAUGUGACGAAGUUGUCAUAAAGUUGAACAACUAUUUAGAGGGACACGCAUUCUGGUUUACACUAGCAAUCCUGGAUGGACUAUUGACGACAGUCUAAACCUGUAACUCGAACUUUACGAGACGUAAAGGAGAGAGACUCGGAACUGAUCAGAACGCAUUUAUUCAACACAUUGAUUCUGUCAGAGAUGCAGACGUUCGUGAAAGGAAAGAGAGUUGGAUACUGGCUCAGCGAAAAGAAGAUUAAAAAACUCAGUUUCCAGACCUUCGUGGAUAUGUGCAGGAAACAAGGCAUAGAGAUGAUCCAGCUGGAUCUGAGCCAGCCAAUUGAGAAGCAGGGUCCAUUUGAUGUCAUCAUCCACAAGCUGACUGACCACAUUGUUGAUGCUGACCAAAAUGUCACAGAGUCUCUGCUACUUGUUCAGAGUGUUCAGGACUACAUAGGUGCUCAUCCUGAAACGGUGAUUCUUGACCCUCUUCCAGCCAUUCGUACCCUGCUGGACCGCUGCAAGUCAUACAAGCUAAUCCAUAAACUUGAAGAAUCCAUGCAAGAUGACAGAAUCUGCUCACCUCCAUUCAUUGUCCUCAAGAGUGAAUGUGGCACUGAGACUCUGGAGCAGCUUCAGAAACAUGGAAUCACGUUCCCCUUUAUCUGCAAAACCCAAGUAGCUCAUGGCAUCAACUCCCAUGAGAUGGCCAUCAUCUUCAGUGAGGAAGAUCUGAAGGACAUCAAGCCUCCAUGUGUCAUCCAGAGCUUCAUCAACCAUAAUGCAGUGCUCUAUAAGGUGUUUGUUGUAGGAGAGGCCUACAAUGUGGUUCAGCGGCCCUCCAUUCGAAAUUUCCCAUCUGGACCCACAGACAGGAGAGCAAUAUCCUUCAACAGUCAUCAUGUGUCCAAACCAGAGUCCUCUUCUGACCUGACCUGCAGGGACAACAUGGAGGGCCAGUACGGGGAACCCAACAAAGAUGUCAUUCAGAAAAUUUCCAGAAGGUUACGACAGGCCCUUGGCAUUUCUCUGUUUGGGAUCGACAUCAUCAUCAACAACCAGACCGGCCAGCACGCCGUCAUCGACAUCAACGCUUUCCCAGGUUACGAAGGAGUCCCAAAGUUUUUCGAUGACCUGUUGAGUCACAUCACCAGCGUCCUGCAAGGUCAGGUGUCUAAUGGAGCAGCGAGUGGUCAUCUGAGACUGAACGGGAUAGCUCAGAGCCCAUCUGUGGCCUGCGGGAUGCACUGUGGCAUGCUGGGAAAUGAAAGCAGCUGGUUGAUGGACAGCGAGGGGAUAAAGAAGGGUCCCCAUCAGGGACUGAGCUGCGGUGGUGCUUGCAUGGCUCCAAACUUUCACCAGCAUGGCAGGUCGAGUUUAGCAGCGGAGACAUCCUCGCAGUGAUGCCACGAGCCAACGCUGUAGAAUAUUUCCUAACUGUUCACAAACCCAAUGAACCCUCACCAAAGGGUAGGUGUAUAGAAGAUUCCUUUGUGCCAAAUGUGAAUUGUGUAGGAAAUGAUUGAAUGUGUCUUCUCAUUUAUUUAAUUUCAUGUUUGGAAUGGUCAACCUGAUCUUGGAGAUGUAUAUGAUUAGAUUUUUUAUGAAUUUUGCACUGAACUUAAUUUGCAGAAAAAGGGCUUUGUGGAGAAACUACACAUUUUAAUGAUGUUAAUAUAUUAAUGAAAUACUUGAAAGGACAAUUGGUGUCAUAAUUUAAAGAAGUGUCCAGCUGGCACUAAGGCUUCUCUUUUUGCAUGUAUCAUAAAUUCUGGCCAAAUAAGAGAGAUUUAGUGCUGUCUGAAGCAAGCUGCUGGUAAUUAAUCAAUUAAAACAAGGCAACAGCAGCUCUGCUUGCUUUUUUAAAAAAGACUGAAGAGUAAGAUUUAUUUAAGGCUGAAUCAUUUCAUAUCUGAAGGGCACGUAAAAACCUCCCAUACUGGCAGGUGCUAUUAGAUUGUAUAGGGGUUAUGCAUUGAUUGCAAAUAGAAAAUUAACCCAAAAAAUGUAAUUCAGUCAUCAUGAUUUUCUUUCUUCGUUAGAACACAAACAAAGAUAUUUUGAAAAAUGUUCCAACUGAUUUUGUUGACACAAUGAAAGUCACUGGGGUUAAAACAACACUAAACCUUUCACUUAGCACUUUCAUUGUAUUGACAAAAAAAAAAAAAAAACAAAAAAAAAAAAAAAAACCUUUUUUUCCUUCACAGACAAACUAAAUUCAUACAGGUUUGGAAUGACAUGAGGGAGAGUAAAUGAUGACAGAAUUUGCAUUUUUGGGUUAACUUUCCCAGAAAUAUGAUUGACAAAUGUAUUAAAUUUGCUAUUUUUACAAUGUAUAAAUUUGUUAGUCUGUUUUAUCCCCAUCACGUUAUACUUGUACAUGAUGUAUAGUUUGUAAAUAUGGUAAUUUUUUUCUUUUGAGACUCUAAAAUAACAAAAGAAUGAAAAGGACAAUAAAAUCAAACUUUAUCACUGAGAA